CCUCUCCCCCUCCUCCCUUUGACCUUCAAGCGCAUUACAUUACGAUUUCUUCAUUCUUUCCUGGGUUUAAGAAGAAACAAUCCAAAGAUAGAUCAGGGAGAGAAACAGAGAGAUGGGUUUGAACGGCGUCCAAGAAAUUGGGCAUGAAGAAAUGGGUUUUCAGGGAAUUCCUCUGCGAACCAAUAACAAAUACACAAGGAUGAACGAUCAGCUUGACGAAGAAGAAGAUGGGUUUGGCGAUGAUAUUGACGAUUUCAACUAUCAACACCAACUCCAAAGAAAUCAAACUACUAGAAGAUACGUAUUCGCUUGUGCCAUAUUUGCAUCUCUCAAUUCCGUCCUCCUUGGUUAUGAUGUGGGUGUUAUGAGUGGUGCAAUCCUAUUCAUUAAACAAGAUUUGAACAUAACAGAAGUACAACAAGAAGUUCUUGUGGGUAUUCUUAGUGUAGUAUCCCUAUUGGGUAGUUUAGGAGGUGGGAAAACAUCAGAUGCGAUUGGUAGAAAAUGGACUAUGGCAUUAGCCGCUAUAGUUUUCCAAACCGGUGCAGUCACCAUGACUCUCGCACCUUCCUUUAAUGUACUCAUGAUCGGUCGUCUCUUAGCCGGCGUUGGUAUCGGCUUCGGAGUAAUGGUUGCCCCAAUUUACAUCGCCGAAAUCUCACCUACAGUUUCCCGUGGCUCCCUUACUUCAUUCCCAGAAAUCUUCAUAAAUCUGGGCAUCCUUCUAGGCUAUGUCUCCAAUUAUGUAUUUUCCGGCCUUUCUCCUCAUAUCAAUUGGAGGGUAAUGCUCGCCGUCGGAAUUAUCCCUUCUGUCUUCAUCGGUUUCGCGCUUUUAAUAAUACCCGAAUCGCCGAGAUGGUUAGUAAUGCAGAAUCGAGUUGAAGAAGCGAGAUCUGUUCUGUUGAAGACGAUUGCUAGUGAACCGGAAGUUGAGGAAAGGCUUGACGAGAUUAAAUUAGCUGCAGGAUUUUCUGACACCGGUAAAGUUGUCGAGGAGAAAGCCGUUUGGCAGGAGCUUCUAAGUCCUUCUCCUUCACUCCUUAGAAUGCUGAUUACUGGGAUUGGAAUUCAGUGUUUCCAACAGAUCACUGGGAUUGAUGCCACGGUUUACUAUAGUCCAACGAUAUUCAAAGAUGCUGGAAUUGAAGAUGAAUCGAAGCUUCUAGCAGCUACCGUAGCUGUUGGAGUUUCGAAAACUGUGUUUAUCUUAGUUGCCAUUCUUCUAAUAGACAAACUGGGGAGAAAGCCUCUGUUGUAUAUCAGUACAAUGGGGAUGACUGUAUGUUUGUUUAGUUUGGGACUUAGUUUAGCUUUCUUGAAAGGUACAUCAAUGGGAGUAGGAUUGAUAGUGAUGAUUGUUUGCACAAAUGUGGCUUUCUUCUCAAUUGGGAUUGGUCCGGUUUGUUGGGUUUUAACUUCGGAGAUCUUCCCUUUGAGGGUGCGUGCACAGGCAGCUGCGAUUGGGGCAGUUGGCAAUCGGGUUUGCAGUGGAUUGAUCGCGAUGUCAUUUUUGUCUCUUGCUCGAGCUAUUUCAGUGGCGGGAACUUUCUUUAUUUUCUCAGUGGUGUCUGCAAUUUCGGUGGUGUUUGUUUAUACAUGCGUGCCUGAAACAAAAGGGAAGUCUUUGGAGGAAAUUGAACUUCUUUUUCAGAAUGAUAAUAUGUGGAAAGAAAGUCAGGUUGAGCUUGGAGAUGUUGAACAUCUAAUGCAUAAACCAUUAUGAGUUUGUUAAGUGUUAAGAUACAAUCCUACGAUUAUUUGUUGUUGUACUAUGUGUAAAUUCGAUAGUUCUUUGGAUAGAACAUGAUUCUGUCUACUGGAAUUCUUUAUGAAAAGUUUCCAAUUGUUCUAUCUCUUUGAGCUGUAAUAGGAACAGGAAUGUAUGAUUUGUUGUU